AUGACCUCCAACAAUUCGCAGAAACUCCCCACGACGGAUCGAGUGAUCAAAAAUGUCCCGUUUCCACCGUCGCACAAAAUGACAGUGGCAGAAGUCUUCGACGAACGAACAGGUUCGCCGCGGCCGGAAGUCCUCAAGCAACACUUUAUCCUCGAAGGUAGGAUCGACGAGGCUGCGGCUCUUCGUAUAAUCAACGAUGGAGCCGCCCUUCUACGCUCGGAGAAGACUAUGAUAGACAUCGAGGCUCCGGUCACCGUAUGCGGCGACAUUCACGGACAGUUCUACGACCUGAUGAAAUUAUUCGAAGUGGGUGGUCCACCUUCCUCGACUAAGUAUCUCUUCCUAGGCGAUUACGUCGACAGAGGAUACUUUAGUAUUGAGUGCGUAUUGUACCUGUGGGCGCUGAAAUUGUGCCAUCCAACCACACUUUUCCUUCUCAGAGGUAACCACGAGUGCCGUCAUCUCACGGAAUACUUCACAUUUAAGCUGUGUAAAAUAAAAUACUCCGAGAGGGUAUACGACGCGUGCAUGGAUGCCUUCGAUUGUUUGCCGCUCGCCGCCCUCAUGAACCAACAGUUCCUCUGCGUACACGGUGGUCUGUCGCCGGAAAUUCACAAUUUAGAAGACAUUCGCAAACUGGACAGGUUCAAAGAGCCGCCGGCGUUCGGGCCAAUGUGUGAUCUCCUCUGGUCGGAUCCUCUCGAGGACUUUGGCAAUGAGAAGAACGCGGAGCACUUUUCCCACAAUAGUGUCAGGGGUUGUUCAUACUUUUACAGUUACGCGGCAUGUUGCGACUUUCUGCAAAACAACAAUUUGCUCAGCAUCAUAAGGGCGCACGAGGCUCAAGACGCCGGAUAUCGCAUGUAUCGAAAGUCUCAGACGACGGGCUUCCCGUCGCUCAUCACCAUCUUUAGCGCGCCCAACUAUCUCGACGUGUACAACAACAAGGCAGCGGUUUUAAAGUACGAGAACAACGUGAUGAAUAUCAGGCAGUUCAAUUGCUCGCCACACCCAUACUGGUUGCCCAAUUUCAUGGACGUUUUCACAUGGUCCCUACCGUUUGUCGGCGAGAAAGUCACAGAAAUGUUGGUGAACGUGCUGAACAUUUGCUCGGACGACGAGCUGAUGAGCGACGGUGAUGACGCGCUCGAGGAAGAUGGUGCAGCAGCCAAUCUACGUAAGGAAGUGAUCAGAAACAAGAUCAGAGCCAUUGGCAAAAUGGCACGGGUGUUCUCCGUCCUGAGAGAGGAGAGCGAGAGCGUUCUGCAGUUGAAGGGCUUGACGCCGACUGGAGCUUUACCGCUCGGUGCAUUAUCUGGUGGCAAAACCUCUCUGAAAAACGCACUUCAAGGCUUCUCGCCGAAUCACAAAAUUACCUCGUUCGCCGAGGCCAAGGGCUUGGACGCCAUAAACGAAAGAAUGCCACCGAGGAAAGAUGCACCACCUACACCGGCGAACGAGGAGAAAUCCGUGGCAAAGCCGCCGCCUCCUGCGGGAGACAAGCGGGACCACAACAUGCCGCAACCGCAAUCGUGAGCCCCACACUCGUCCACUCAAGAUGGCGGAUGGAUGGAUGGGUCCUAAGACCCCGGCUAUCGCCACCACCGAACAUUUGCAAACCAUUGCUCGUCUCUCCCCCCCCCUCCCCCCCGGCUGUUACAAUCAAUGCGCCAUUCAUCGAGGAGUCAGGAGAAAUCAUCGCCGUCGCAAGAGGAAAAUCAGGAACGGACGGACAGAUGUUGUUGCGAAGCGAAAGCGAUUUUUCAUCGAUGCGAUUUUCAACGAGCAUCGUCAUCGAUCCCGGUGUGCGCAUAGCAGAAGAAAACAAGCAGUCAAGGAAAGGGGGCUACACGAACAUCGAGAAAUACCUAGCCGGGUGUUUCGUAGUAGGCCUCCUCUUCUCCGAGGAUUUGUCUCCGUAUCUCUUUUUAGCGUACACUCGCGAAUGGAAAAUGAGAAUGUUAGCCUCCCUUCUGCGAUGAACCGCGCGCGUGCGAUGUUCUCCGUUCUCUCGCCGCUCGUGCAAUUAUUCCUUGCUCUUUUUCUUUCUAUCUCUCUGUAUAUCUCUCUCUCCUAUAUAUCUUAUCUCCUUACCUUCGCUCAGUCUCCGUCUCUCGCAAUUUCUCGCUCUUCUUCUCUUCCCAGCAUCCACGGACCUGUACACUAUAUUGUCCGCGUGUUUCUUGCGAAUUAAUCGACCCAAUGUACAUACGCGCGCGCGCAUGUACGUACGUAUCAACGACGAGCGGAAUGGUAGGGAUAUAUCUUAUAGGUAGAUUCGUUUACACACGUCGAGAUGGUCAUGUAUAAGGAAGAACAACUUCCCCUGUCUUCAUUGGGUACCAUUUCUGUCGUGUCAUUUCUUUCUCCGGUGUGGGAAAGCGAUGAGAGACGGAACGAACGACUCGCACGCGGUUACAUCUAUAUUAAUGAGAGGAAUCGCAUAGACAGUGUGAAAGAGAGAGAAUGAGAGGGAGAGAAAGAGAAAGAGAGAA